GUUUGUUCUGGCAGUCACCUAAACGACCCCCCGUCUCCCAUAGAGUUUGACCUGAAGGACUCACUACACUCCAGUUUUGUCGUGAGCGCAGCUCGGCUUUAUGCUGAAAUCUACAACAUCCCCUACUCAGAGAAGGAUCUGUCGCAGGAAGCAGUUUCCAGGAUGUUGUCAGAGAUUACCGUCCCAGAGUACAGGCCAGCAGAGAAGCGUAUUGAGACUGAUGAGAAUGUGAAGAAGCCUGAUCAGAUGAAGCUGUCCGUGAGCGCGAGGAGGAGAGAGAGGCCAUCGCCCAGUUAGAGGAGGCUAUCACUGCAGACCACGUUACACCAGAGAGGUUACGGAUGUCUCCCCGGAUGUUUGAGAAGGACGAUGACCUCAACGGCCACAUGGACUUCGUGGCGUCGGCCUCCUCCCUCAGGGCCAGGAUGUACUCCAUCGAGGUGGCCGACCGCCUCAAGACCAAACGCAUCGCCGGGAAGAUCAUCCCCGCCAUCGCCACGGCUACCGCCGCCGUCGCCGGGCUGGUGUCGUUGGAGCUGGUGAAGGUGGUGGGAGGAUACGGGUUUGAGUCGUUCAACAACUGUUUCUUCAACCUGGCCAUUCCUGUCAUGGUCCUCACCGAGGCUGCUCCUGUCAAGAGAACACAGAUCAGGGAAGACAUCUCUUUCUCUAUCUGGGACCGCUGGACUGUGUGGGGUCACCAACACUUCUCCCUCUCUGACUUCAUCAACGCAGUGUUGGUGCAUUAUGGGAUAGAACCUACCAUGGUUGUCCAUGGAGUGAAGAUGCUCUAUGUUCCUGUGAUGCCAGGACACAACAAGAGACUGAAACUAACGAUGCAGAAGUUGAUCAAGCCGUCUGUAGACCGUGGCUAUGUUGACCUGACCGUGUCCUUCGCUCCAGAGUCAGAUGGCGAUGAGGACCUUCCUGGACCCCCCGUUAGGUACUACUUCAGCCCCGACGGAGACGCUCACACCGCCUGACACGCCCGGACCAUAACAUCCCUGACGCCCUCAGUCCCCUCGAACUGACCCCCUGUACCUGCAAAACCCUAGUUGACAACAGUGGUAGUCUUGAACAGGGGUGGAUUCUAGAACAGGGGUGGAUUCUAGAACAGGGGUGGAUUCUAGAACAGAUGUUGAUUCUCGAAUAUAUGUUGAUUCUAGAAUAUAUUUUGAUUCUAGAAUGGGUGGAUUCUAGAAUAUAUGUUGAUUCUAGAAUAUAUGUUGAUGCUAGAAUAUAUGUUGAUUCAAGAACAGAUGGUGAUUCUAGAACAGAUGGUGAUUCUAGAACAGGGCUGGCCCCAUGGACCAUUAUUAGAGAAAGAGCAUAGAGGUAGAAAGGUGGCUCUAGAUGGAUAUAACCUGGUCUGAUGAGUUCUCUUUCUACCUCUAUGAGAAGAGGGAAGCACUUGACUGUGUACAUAGUAGUCCCUCUGUGUUUUCUACUCUGGUUUAAAACACCGUUCUGACUGGUGUUUUCUACUCUGGUUUAAAGCACAGCUCUGACUGGUGUUUUCUACUCUGGUUUAAAGCACAGCUCUGACUGGUGUUUUCUACUCUGGUUUAAAACACCGUCUGACUGGUGUU